AUGCGGACCCAGCCGCGUGCUUUCACCCCGUUGGCAUUCCAGAGGGACUGGGGCGGAGCAGCCCAGAUCGAGUCGAAUCGGCACCUCAGGGUGUCCACUGGGCUGGCCAGCAAGAGUGCCAGUGCGCGCGAGGGCAGCGCGGGGUGCAGGAGGAACACUUCGGUUUCGAUGCAGAAGUUGAAGAGGGAACGUACCUCGUUCUUGACAGAGUGUGCUACGAAUUGGAAGCGUAGCAUGGCGGAGGAAACGAACAACCCGAGGCACGACAGAAAACACGGGAGAAACUUGACACGGAGGGCGAGCCUAAUUCCCCUUACAACCUACAAGACGAGCUGA